CAAAAAAUGGCCGCUGACAACCAUACAAGUCACCGUGUUGCGAUUGAAUAGCAUGGAAUUAAACUUUCUUCAGUGAAUAUGUUUUGUGACUUAACUCAUAACCUUGAAAACGUAUUCUGAACCUGCCCCUUGCUGUUGUGGGUUGUGGACAUUAAAACAUGGCACUUAUUCCUAGUACCUCAUAUUUCGCCAUAUUUAGUGCAGGAACUCUAAUUGGGGCAGCAUCUGCAUAUUUCAUUUUACGCUUCAGACAUGCGCCAAAUACAGAAAUAUGGAAAAACGGUAUGGAAGAGAGAUACGAGUUUGACGAUCCCAAAGACGAGUAUAGAUUAAUAAUGGCCAUCAGAAAUGAUCUAAAGAUGCAAAAAGGAAAAGUUGCUGCACAGUGUGGACAUGCAGCUGUGGCAGCAUACGCAAAGGCACUGAAUAGACCGAAACUCCUGAAAAGGUGGUUAAAAUAUGGAGGAACCAAAGUAGCUGUUAGAAUAGACUCCGAAGCUGAACUUCUGGAAUUAGAUAAGGAGGCUAAGAAACUCAAUGUGUUAUCAAGUAUCAUCCGUGAUGCAGGGCAAACACAGGUAGCCCCUGGUAGCAGAACUGUGAUAGCAAUUGGACCUGCAGCAAAAAGCAUUUUAGAUAAAAUUACUGGACAUUUAAAACUUUACUGAUGCUGUGCAUUUUUUAUUAUUAUAUAUAGUAUUAAAUAUAAGGAUCUAUUUUUAA